UCCAACCGGUAAGCUCGGCGAACAGAAUUCUAACCAAUCCAGGUUCUCUCAUAGGACGCUCGAGAAUUUCACAGAACGGAAUGUCCACUUAGGCGAAAUACAAAAAGCCGUUCCAUCUGCUCGGAACGCCGAUGGCAUAGAAUUGACGACAGUUUCUUCUCAUGACACAUAUGCAACCGGGACAUCAUCCUAUUUGUGUUCCUCCCCGUCUCCGGUCAUGCCGGAUGUCGGCAAUUUUGACAAACAAUCUCCACCGCCGCUCACCUAUAAAGGUGAGUACUUUUCCCCGAGCAAUCCUGAUGUAACUGAAGAAAACAACACCACCUAUUUAAAACCGGAUUUCCUCGAACCCCUCACGGUGACGAAAUCCGAACCGGUCUGUCCAAGUCCACUGGCUCUAUUGGCGAAGACGUGUCAAAGCAUCGGCCAAAUGAUGGAAGCUAGUGUGAAUGGUCUGGCCCCAACACAGCCUGCUGGGACUUUACAGCGGUCGGCUAUCAACUGUUCCGGUCCUGGUACUCAACUCAGCCCAACAGCCUCCACAAAACACAGCAAGAUUAAAACUCACAGUCCGACGGAAUCAAAGCCGACAGUCAACGCCAAGCGACCCGUUACUGGACGUACAAAAUGGAUGAAACCGGAUGGUUUGUCCGCGGCUAGUAAUCCUGUGAAUGGGCUAUCCCCACCGACGACACUUCAUGGCGAUCCCGUAUCGUCCUCGCGUCAGUCAGCUCCACCCAGAUCCGAACCGGUCUGUCCAAGUCCACUGGCUCUAUUGGCGAAGACGUGUCAAAGCAUCGGCCAAAUGAUGGAAGCUAGUGUGAAUGGUCUGGCCCCAACACAGCCUGCUGGGACUUUACAGCGGUCGGCUAUCAACUGUUCCGGUCCUGGUACUCAACUCAGCCCAACAGCCUCCACAAAACACAGCAAGAUUAAAACUCACAGUCCGACGGAAUCAAAGCCGACAGUCAACGCCAAGCGACCCGUUACUGGACGUACAAAAUGGAUGAAACCGGAUGGUUUGUCCGCGGCUAGUAAUCCUGUGAAUGGGCUAUCCCCACCGACGACACUUCAUGGCGAUCCCGUAUCGUCCUCGCGUCAGUCAGCUCCACCCAGAGUGCCUAUGGCUGGAUCGAUAGACGGGGUACCUGUUUCACAAAGAGCGACAUUACAACACUGCGCAAAGUUUCCGAGCUUCUCCUGCCCAAGUAAUGGACUAACAAUUCAUUCCAUGGCAAACAAACCGUGCACCAAUGACUUUACGCGUACAUCUAACCUGGCUGCCGAGACACAGACCACGUCGAAUGCGUUAGCUCAGUUAGCCCGCCUCUCAUCUAGUCUUUCCUUACCCGAAUCGCCACAAGCUCACACGGGCGCCGGCUUAGACAACCCAACGAACAAGGGCCGUUUCCAUUGGACCGAACCACUGCGGGUGCAGACGGGGGUGAAACGAGCGCGACGAUUCAGUGGGCCUAAAUGUUACACGAAUGCUUCUUCAUCCAUGUCUGGCAAUUCCGCAACUAUUCCCAGAAAAAUUACACGCGAGACGCUAUACCACUCUCAGCCGUACAGUGACUCGAACAAUGGUGCCAGCUAUUCACGCCUGGUGAAUCCUUCUGGUUCUCCAAACAACUGUCAACCCACAGUGAGUCCUCAGUCCACCGCAAAUUCUCGAUGUUCCACCAACUUUCCUGCAUUCACGUCGUCUUGGUUAGCGUUCACACAAUUUAUGCAGCAGCUCAUGGAGCAGAAGGACAACAGCGCGCAGAUGAGUAGCGCUCAAAACCAGGAGGUAUUUUUCUACGGUUUGGCACGAAGUUUUAUGGAUUUAUUCUAUGCACGAUUGAUGAGCACACAGUCAUCGACGCCCAACACUUCCGUCGGCUACCAUGCUCCGAAAGAUACUACUUCUACGUCCCAGACGUCAGUGCUUAAUAGUAGUAACCCUGGACAAGUGCUCUCAAAUCCACUGGGAUUCAUGACCAAACCUGGUCCCAUCGAAUCCGAACGUUUGAACGCCUCUGAUCCUCUGAGUAGCAAAUGUUUCCUAUGCGGACAUCAGUGCUCCAGUCAAACUGAACUCUGUCUUCACGUCUACUCUCAUCUACUCAUGUCCGAAAAAGAACAGACCGGUAGAUCGGAAAUUGCAGGCGUGUUUCGGAAUGGCGUUAAUGCGGAAUUUACAGAUCCCAAACCGCAUUUUAAUACCGCUUAUCCGUACCCUGCAUCGGUCUCACCAACGGACAGGAAUCUCUACACUGGGAACUGCGAUUCCAACCGACCGGCCCCCUUUAACCUCCUCACAGCACCGAGCUACUUGAGUGAAUGGAUAUCAUCAAAACAACAAAGAGAUUUCGGUCUUCCCUACGCGUCAUCAAAUCCGCCCGAGACACCUCAUCAUGCGUCAUCUGUUCCCAAUGACAACUCACCCGCGUUUUCCGGUUCCAAACCAGCCCUCGUGGAUAGUGGACUGCAUGCCUACUGGCUAAAACUGCUUUCCACCUACACCCAGACAUCUCCGAACGCGAAAUAUCCUGACCCGAUUUUACAGCGUUUGGUGGAUAGCAAAUUCCCCACCCCAAACCCCACGUUGAGCAGCAGUCCCAACACCAGUACAUCUCCCCCAGUCGGCACGAACAAUGACAAUAACAGUUACACCUUGAGUAACAAUAAUCACGGUUUGUGGAAUCCCCUCAUGUUCCCAUUUUUCACACCUAACAAUUCCCCACUAACUCUCUAUCCGAAAGUCUGAUUGGAUUCGGUGAACACCUUCCCUUUUCCAUCACAGCCACAUACCCAUCUCUGAGAUUUUGUUACAUUUUAUGCCCUUUGCUUGUUCAUUCCUCACUGAUUUCUCACGCACCCCACCCCCCGCCCGCACAGUCAUUGGAUAUUUUCUGGUUGCCGGACUAUUUUUCUCCCCAAUUGUGAUCGAGCCUCAGGUAAUUGUACACACACACACACACACACACCAACACCACUAGGCCACCUCUACAUUGUGAUGAUGGAUGUUUUUGCUGACCCCUGAUGAUUUCGCAGAACUUCUUGUGUUGCUCGUCGCCGGCUACCCGCGCGACCAAUUGCCCCGCCCCCGUUGCUAUCUUAUACCCUAGAGACGGCGGGAAAAGUCAAUCAUGUACCAUAAACCUGUGUUUUGGCACCACGUUCCGUUUGUACCGAACAAAGUCACAAUUUACUAUCAAUUCAAAAAAAACUUAUUCGGGCUUUCAGUGAGUUUGUGACUUUUUUCGAAAUGCAUCAGUGGCAAUAUCGUGAAGCUGCUAUUCUCACGGAUGGAGGGGUAACCCUUGGGUAACCUUGGCUUACGGCAGAUCUCUU